AUGGAUGAAACUACCUCAAUAAAUAAACUGCGGGCGCAGUUUCUGAAGAUUUGUCCUGAGAAGGAUCAAAUGAGACGAAUUAUCCACCCUUAUAUGACAAUGACAGAACAUGAUCAAUCAACUUUACCGAAGGAUAUGGAUCCUAAGAUUAAGGAAUUCUACAUUGAUACCGACGGCGUUAAUAUGAUACCACUAUUGGAAUCUCCACCAUUAUCUAAGAAUUUUAUGGAUUCAUACAACAGUUCCAUUAACAAGUCGAGAUCAACAAGAAAUGUCGAAUCAAAUAUUGUUAGUAACGGUAGAACAUACUCAUAUCUUGAAGACAAUGGGGAACAUGAUAAUGGAAAAAUCGCGGAAGUAGAUGAGGACGAGGAGACAGAUAACAAUGAUAUAGAUAACGGUGAAUAUACCUUUACAAACAGAAACUAUAGGAAAGACGGUCAAGAAGCCAUUCUUGAAAACAGUUUCGGUAAUGAACAUUCAUUGCUUCCUGGUAAGGAGACCAGCGGGUCUGUUAAGCUAAAUACUGACCCCAUUUUUAGCGCCGAUUCGGACUCAGAUACAUUAUCUUCAGUUAAGAAACUAAAUAGACGGUCAUCAAUACCCUUUGUUAGAAUGUUUAAAAGUAGAAGAGGAACUACCGAUUCUGCAAAAAGAAAUGAAAACGAGCAUAAGACAACCAUAGGCCAACAAAGGAAGGGAGAGGCUCUGCGAACUCCACAUACGAAGAAAUCCAAUAGAUACGAUAUGAAUUUUGAUUUUGAUGAAAAUUUAGAGGAAGAAGAAGAUGAUGAAGAUGAAGGAGAAGAUGGUGGAGAUUCACUAUUUUUUCAGCUCGAUAAAAAUGAUAGAAUUACGAGUGCCGGCAGUUUAAAUGCUAACUCAGAAGAAAAACCAGAGGGAACCACUAUAGCAGGCAAUGUUUCAAGGCUAAAAUCACAUUUUCCUACUAUUUUAGAAUCAUCAAAAAAUACAUCUUCCAAAUCUAAUUCAUUUGCUGGGGGGAAAAAUGAAUUCAUGGAGGCUUCUAAUUCUACUACCGGAACUGGAACUCACAAGGAAUAUGGCUCUACUGAGGAUCAUCGCACCAACAAACACGAUAGUAUUGAUGAUGAUAUAUCAGACCUUGAGUCCUACAUUAACGGACAUGACCUCGAUGGACUAAACUUAGAUACUCUAACAACCAAUACAGAAAAAGGGUCAUUUUCGAAACAUAAUUCAGAUAAUGAAAUGGGUGAUAUCAGAGAAGGAAACAGACUAACUGCACAAGCCACAGGUGAAUUAACUGAUUCAUCCUAUGGAAAGUCGCUACUUGAAUCAGAAUUCAGUGGAGAUGAUGAUUUGGAUGAGGGAACGUCAACAAUGGGGACAACUUCUCUAUCAAUGGAUUCUGAGAUGGAAAUUAAUACAAUUCCGUCAAAUUCGAUUCCAAUGGCAUUAGGUUCUUAUGGAAUUUAUCCUGGGGAUGAUGACUCCCAAUUACGUAACGUCUUUGAUAAAGCUGUUCUGAACAUUAAACGAACAAAGAAUCAAAGGUCUAGGGAGAAACGGAGUUCAUCAGUGUCACUUCGGGAUUCUGCUGGUCGAGCAUUAACUUCGAAAAAAUAUUCAUACAAUCCUUCAGUAAGCAGUCGACAACAAUCAUCUAUGCAUAAAUCUCAUUCCAAAAUAUCAACUUCAUCAGCUAGUGUGGAUCCUUACAAGUCGUCGCGACAUUUAGAUGCGAAAUCAAGAAGAAUUCCGAGUAAUCUGAAGUACGAACAUUCUGUUUCGGGAGUUACUUCAAGCAAUCAUUCAAGUAGAAGAAAUUCUAAAGAUGGGUUUUCUGUCGAAAAAUUGACAGAAAUUCCAUCCGUUAAAGAAGGAAAUUCACAACUUUCAGAGUUGUUCAAUAGGAAGAAACAAAGUGAUGGAAUUACUACAGAUGUUCUAGAAUAUUUUUCGUUUGUAUCUGGAACAAAAGUACCUAAAUAUGACGCUUUAGACUUGGAUGUCUACAUCCAAGCGUCUAAAAAAUACAAACGAAACCCACUGAAGAUGAAAGUGAGAAAAUCGGCCAAGAUAUUUGAAGUAAUUGGGUUUAUUCUCUAUACAUAUUGUUCAGAAUUCAAACCCUCCGAACUUGAGAAAGACAGUUUUGCUGUAAGUAUAUUAGUAAAUCCUAAUAAUUUCUCAUUGAAUAUUGUUGAUGAAGAUGGUGAACCAUUCGAGGAUAAUUUUGGUAAAUUGGAAAGAAAACGAUUAAUGGAAUCGAUUUCAGAUAACGAGGUUGUUCUUUGUAAGGUUAACGAUAACGAUGAAAAGAAAAAUCAACUUGAGACACCAAUACCGUACGAUCUCAACGGCCAAAUCAUUGAACCUACACAUUCAAAUACUUUGUCUGCAAAUAUAUCCGAUUCUGAUUCAAUCGAGGGCAAUUUGAAUCAACUAAGUUUCUAUAAGCCAAUUAUUGGAACAAGUACUGAUGACCUACUGAACAAAUCAAACUCUUCCAAGAUUAUUGGAAUUAAAGUAUUUCUUUAUCCGAAUCUGAAUCCUAAAUAUAAUUUUACGAUUAUCAACGUCUUAGUCACGUCAAGUAUAAACGACAUUUUGAUUAAAUAUUGUAAGAUGAAAAAGAUACCUCCAAACGACUACUGUUUAAAAAUACCGGAUAAGAAAUAUAUUUUAGAUUUAAAUGAUACUAUAUUGCGUCUAGACGGGAACUACAAUGUUGAAAUUGUUAGUAAAAAAGAUGCAAGAGCUUUACAUUUUGAAAAGAUGAAACCAGAUAUAAAGAAACCUAAUUUGCCAACCAUUCAAAGCAAUGACCUAACUCCGCUAACUUUGGAGACGGCAGGUUCCUAUCUAAAGGCAGACAAUACUGGCCUCAAUGAAUGUGUUCUUGAGGAACCAGCAAAGGACACAAAGUUACCGAAAUCUUCAAUUAAAUCGAGAAAGUUAUCUGCUAAACAUAAACUAGGGCUUACCAAACAAUCUUCUUAUUCUAGUAAUUCCAGUUUUAUGGGUACUGCUAAUGGUAGUUUUUUUAAGACCAAGAAUAGCUCCAAAUCAUCCAUUCAUAGUAAUCCUGGAUUGGCACAAAAUCCAUUAGAUCACCUUACAGAUAAUUCAACAGGGAACAAUUACCAAGAUUUAUUCACUGGUGCUUAUCAUAAAUAUAAAGUAUGGAGAAAGCAGCAAAUGUCUUUCAUUAACAAGCAUGAAAGAACGUUAGCAAUUGAUGGUGAUUAUAUAUAUAUCGCGCCACCCGAAUGGCGUAUGCAUUGGCAUGAGAAUAUUAAAACAAAAUCUUUACACAUAAGUCAAGUAGUUUUGGUAAAGAAGUCAAGUAGAGUUCCUGAGCAGUUUAAAAUUUUUGUUAGAAGAAGCAACGAUGAUAUCAAAAGGUAUUACUUUGAAGCCGUUUCGCCUGAGGAAUGUACGGAAAUUGUAACAAGAUUACAGAAUUUAUUAAAUGCGUAUAAGAUGAACCAUAAGUAG